AGAGCCCAAACCCGAAAGGUUCCAAAAUACCCAAAAGUAAGUCCUUUACUCCUUAGUAAGGCAAAACCGUGAAAUAGAAUCACAGAGACCGGCAAUGGCGGCCGAUCCCACAGCCACAACUAGGACAAGAAUACAUGUUGGAGGUUUGGGGCAAAGCGUUAACAGCGAUGAUCUGCGGAAGAUAUUCUCCGCCGUGGGAACGGUGGAAGGAGUGGACAUCGUAAGGACCAAAGGUCGCAGUUUCGCAUACGUCGAUAUCCUCACAUCUACCUCAAACUCCAUCUCCAAGCUAUUUAGCACGUAUAAUGGGUGCGCUUGGAAAGGGGGCAAGUUGAAGCUUGAAAAGGCUAAAGAACACUUUCUUACUCGCCUGAAACGGGAAUGGGCUGAGGCAGAAGCUGAAGAUGAAGCUAAUGAAGGAAGCCAUCAAGCUAAGCCUUCUUCUUCAGAUAGCAACAAUAGCAAAAACAAAGUUCAGGUUUCUCAAAACAACCAGCUUCGGAUCUUCUUUCCUAGAUUAUCAAAGAUAAAAUCGUUGCCAUUUAGUGGGACUGGAAAGCAUAGAUACAGUUUCCAACGUGUUGAAGCCCCUGCUUUUCCUCUACAUUUUUGUGAUUGUGUGGAGCACUCUGGUCGUUUCAAUGCUGUGAAACAAAAAGAAGUUCGACAUCAUGAGGAAAUAAAUGAUGGCAUGAAUGAGGAAGAGCUUAGCUUGAUGAGCUCAGUAAUGAACAAGCUUUUUGAGAGGGAAAAUAUUUCCAACACUAGCAGGUCCGCCAUAGUAAAGGAAGGAGACAAUUUCAUUGAACCAGUUGAGGAUUCACCCUCCAAUGAGGAGGAAAAUGAUGACGACGAUGAUGAUCUCAUAAUUAAUGUCGUUUCUAAUGCAAAAAAACGAACAGCUAUGUCUGGGAUCAGAGAGUCGAAAAAAGUCUCCACUGAGACACAGAAAACUAGACUUAGUGAAAACAAAGUUUCGAAGGAUGGAGCAAUUCCGAGUGCAAGCAAGUUGCAGAAAAAGAAUGCUGUGCAUGCUGAAAAGAAGAGGAAACCGAACAGAGAUGAUAAACAUGAAAUCCCUUCUCUUUCAUCUCAACUGAGAAUGAAUUCGCAGUGUGAUGAGAUUGAAGCAGGUUUUGAGGAGGAUGAUGAAACUGAUGAUGACCUCGUAGUUAAUGUGGCGUCAACGGAAAACAAAAGGAAGGCUUUGUCAGGAAGCACAAAGCGUGCUAAGGUAUCACCAAAACAGAAUUUUAAACUGAGUGAGACACAAUCAAAUGAGAAUGAGUGCGAAGAGAAGAAAGAUCGUUUACUUCCUAGAAAGAAGAUGAAACUAAUUUCUACCAAAGAAAGGGAUGGAAAUGAAGCUGUCUCCACUGUACCUGCUGAGAAGGGACCCCUCAUUGCUCAAAUGACUGAACAAGAUUGUAGUCUCAAACCGUCGAGUACUAGUUGUUUGUGGUCUCAAAAGUCUUCAUGGAAGGCACUUGUUGGAGGUAGAGGCGACAGUGCAUUCAGUCUCUCCAAUAUUCUUCAAAAUGCUGAUACCACUGAGGAACAACACGUUUUUGAUGAUCCCAAAGUGGACAACACUCUUGAUAGCAAGAAUGACAAGUUGUCAACACCUGAGAACUCGGAAGGGAUGUCAGACAAAAUGGAAAUAGCGAAUGCGAUUGCAGAAGCCCAGUCAAAUAAACCUAGCAUGACUUCAAGUAAUACAGGAAGAGGUUCUUCAUGGCUCCACAAGUCUUCAUGGAUUCAAUUGGUAAGUGAUAAGAGCAAUUCCUUUAGUAUCUCACAAAUUUUGCCUGGCACUACUACUUCACAAGAGCUUGCAAAGCCCACUGGUGAGGAUGUGGUGCAGUCUGCUGAUGGAAAUUAUACCAACGAAAUGGACCGAUUUACGACUGAACGUGUUGGAAAAGGAAACUUUGUUGAGAGUAUUCCGGAAACCAACCCUCAAACUCUUGAGGGCAGUAACGAUACUUCUCUCCCAGCUGUUGAGAAUAUAAGCAACUUUGAACCAGUCAAAGGUUUUGCUGUAGAUACUAGCACAGUGGGGACAUGUUCAUUUAUGAGAAGCUCUACUUCAUUGAAAGAAUGGGCUAAAACUAAGGCUGCCCUAAAAGGGUCACGGAAGAAGAAAACAAAAGGCGAUUCAAUAUAGUAGCAUUGAGGUAUGUUGUUCGGAUUUAAGUCUCAUUGAUGAAUACAUGUAUGCUUGGAUUUUUUUUAAGUUUUUUCAUGUAUUUGGAGGAUCCUUGAAGGGUCAAAAUUUCAUACUCAGAUAUGGAUUUUGAAAGAAAAAAAUGAAUAGUCGGAACAACAUAGGUGCUGUGGUUCUAGUGAAA